GCGGGGUUGAGGGCGGGCCUAGGUGAGAGCGGCUAAGUCGGCGGAGCGUCCGGCGCCGCAGACCCGGCCAGCGAGGCCUGGGACGGGAGAGGGAGGAGACUGGAGGAGGAGACGGGAGUGCGGGGUGGCGCUGGUCCACCUCCGCAGCUCUCCUGGCUCCCGCCGGCUUUCGAAGGCGGGCCCGUGCUGCGGCAGCGGCGGCGGCAGCGGCCUCGGCGGCCUGCGGAGCCUCAUCUGUUUCAAUGGUGCAACUCUCUUCAUCUCCUUUUGGUUACCAGUCACCUUCAGGCCAUUCGGAGGAGGGAAAGGAGGGGAAUAUGAAGUCAGCCAAGCCCCAAGUGAACCACAGUCAGCAUGGGGAAAGCCAGCGGGCCAUGAGCCCCUUGCAGCCUGCUCUCGGUUCUGCUGCCUCUCCUUCCCAAGCAUAUGAGACAUAUAUUGAUAAUGGACUCAUAUGCCUUAAACACAAAAUCAGAAACAUCGAGAAAAAGAAGCUCAAACUGGAAGAUUAUAAGGAUCGCCUGAAAAACGGAGAGCAACUUAAUCCAGACCAGUUGGAAGCAGUUGAGAAAUAUGAAGAAGUGCUACAUAACUUAGAAUUUGCCAAGGAGCUUCAGAAAACCUUUUCUGGACUGAGCCAAGAUGGAAUCCCACUGUCUUGGAGAGCUAGAAUUGCCACCUCUAUCGUCUUUCCUCCUCUCAAGCAGAAGCUGAGUUUGCUGCUUAAAGCGCAGAAGAAAGCCCAGAGAAGGGAGCACAUGCUAAAACUUGAGGCUGAGAAGAAAAAGCUUCGCACUAUACUUCAAGUUCAGUAUGUAUUACAGAACUUGAUGCAGGAACAUGUACAGAAAGACUUCAAAGGGGGCUUGAAUGGUGCAGUGUAUUUGCCUUUAAAAGAACUUGACUACCUCAUUAAAUUUUCAAAAUUGACCUGUCCUGAAAGAAAUGAAAGUCUGAGUGUUGAAGACCAGAUGGAGCAGUCAUCCUUGUACUUUUGGGACCUUUUGGAAGGUAGUGAGAAAGCAGUGGUAGGAACGACAUACAAACACAUGAAAGAUCUACUAUCUAAAUUGUUGAACUCAGGCUAUUUUGAAAGUAUCCCAGUUCCAAAAAAUGCUAAGGAAAAAGAGGUAUCAUUGGAGGAAGAAAUGCUAAUAAAAUCAGAGAAGAAAAAACAAUUAUCGAAGACUGAAUCUGUCAAAGAGUCAGAGUCUCUUAUGGAACUUGCACAGCCAGAGAUACAACCACAAGAGUUUCUUAACAGACGCUACAUGACAGAAGUAGAUUAUUCAAGUAAACAAGAUGAAGAGCAAUCUUGGGAAGCAGAUUAUGCUAGAAAACCAAAUCUCCCCAAAUGUUGGGAUGUGCUUACCGAACCAGAUGGUCAGGAGAAGAAACAGGAAUCCUUCAAGUCCUGGGAGUCUUCCGUGAAGCACCAGGAGGUAUCAAAGCCUGCAGUUUCCUUAGAACAGAGGAGACAAGAGAUUCCAAAACUCAGGUCCACUCUGCAGGAAGAGCAGAAGAAGCAGGAUGUCUCGAAAACCAAGGCAACUCCUAGCCAGUGGAAGCAAGAAGCUCUUAAAUCCAAAGUGGGAUACAUUCAAGAGGAACAGAAGAAGCAGGAGACACCAAAGCCUUGGCCAAUUCAGCUGCAGAAAGAACAGGAUCCAAAGAAGCAAACUCCAAAGUCUUGGACACCUUCUGUGCAGAGUGAACAGGACAUCACCAAGUCAUGGACCACUCCCACGUGUGAAGAACAGGAUUCAAGACCGCCAGAGACUCCAAAAUCCUGGGAAAACAAUGUUGAGAGUCAAAAACACCCUUUAACACCACAAUCACAGAUUUCUCCAAAGUCCUGGGGGGUAGCUACAGCAAGCCUCAUACCAAAUGACCAGCUGCUGCCCAGGAAGUUUAAUACAGAACCCAAAGAUGUGCCUAAGCCUAUGCAUCAGCCUGUAGGUUCUUCCUCUACCCUUCCAAAGGAUCCAGUAUUGAGGAAAGAAAAACUGCAGGACCUGAUGACCCAGAUUCAAGGAACUUGUAACUUUAUGCAAGAAUCUAUUCUGGAUUUUGACAAACCUCCAAGUGCAAUUCCAUCAUCACAGCCGCCUUCGGCUACUCCAGGUAGCCCAGUAGCAUCUACAGAACAAAAUCUAUCCAAUCAAAGUGAUUUUCUUCAAGAGCCAUUACAGGCUGCUUCUUCUCCAGUUACUUGUAGCUCAAAUGCUUGCUUGGUUACUACCGAUCAGGCCUCUUCAGGAUCUGAAACAGAGUUUAUGACCUCAGAGACUCCUGAGGCAGCAGUUCCCCCAAGCAAGAAACCAUCUUCACUAGCUUCUCCAAAUCCUCCCAUGUCAAAGGGCUCUGAACAGGGCUUCCAGUCACCUCCAGCAAGUAGUAGUUCAGUAACCAUUAACACAGCACCCUUUCAAGCCAUGCAGACAGUAUUUAAUGUUAAUGCACCUCUGCCUCCACGUAAAGAACAAGAAAUAAAAGAAUCCCCUUAUUCACCUGGCUACAAUCAAAGUUUUACUACAGCUAGUACACAGACACCACCCCAGUGCCAACUGCCAGCUAUACACGUAGAACAAACUGUCCUUUCUCAAGAGACUGCAGCAAGUUAUCCUGAUGGAACUAUUCAAGUAAGCAAUGGUAGCCUUGCCUUUUACCCAGCACAGACGAAUGUAUUUCCCAGACCCUCUCAACCAUUUGUCAAUAGCCGGGGAUCUGUUAGAGGAUGUACUCGUGGUGGGAGAUUACUAACCAAUUCGUAUCGGUCCCCUGGUGGUUAUAAAGGUUUUGAUACCUAUAGAGGACCUCCUUCAAUUUCCAAUGGAAAUUAUAGCCAGCUACAGUUCCAAGCUAGAGAGUAUCCUGGAACACCUUAUUCCCAAAGGGAUAAUUUCCAGCAGUGUUACAAGCGAGGAGGAACAUCUGGUGGUCCUCGGGCAAAUUCGAGAGCAGGGUGGAGUGAUUCUUCUCAGGUGAGCAGCCCAGAAAGAGACAACGAAACCUUUAACAGUGGUGACUCUGGACAAGGAGACUCCCGUAGCAUGACCCCUGUGGAUGUGCCAGUGACAAACCCAGCAGCCACCAUACUGCCAGUACACGUGUAUCCCCUGCCUCAGCAGAUGCGAGUUGCCUUCUCAGCAGCCAGAACCUCCAAUCUUGCCCCUGGAACUUUAGACCAACCUAUUGUGUUUGAUCUUCUUCUGAACAACUUGGGAGAAACUUUUGAUCUUCAGCUUGGUAGAUUUAAUUGCCCAGUGAAUGGCACUUACGUUUUCAUUUUUCACAUGCUAAAGCUGGCAGUGAAUGUGCCACUGUAUGUCAACCUCAUGAAGAAUGAAGAGGUCUUGGUAUCUGCCUAUGCCAAUGAUGGUGCUCCAGACCAUGAAACUGCUAGCAAUCAUGCAAUUCUUCAGCUGUUCCAGGGAGACCAGAUAUGGUUACGUUUGCACAGAGGAGCAAUUUAUGGAAGUAGUUGGAAAUAUUCUACGUUUUCAGGCUAUCUUCUUUACCAAGAUUGAAAGUCAGUACAGAAUUGACAAUAAAAGGAUAUGGUGUUCUGAUUAGUGGGAAUAAAGGAAAAGUAGUCCUUGCCCUUCUGACAGAUUGGUUUAGGAAAAUGUUUUCAUUCCUAGAGGAAGGAGGAGGUCCUUACUUUUUUGUUUUCCUCCCCAUGGUGAAAAAUUUCAAGCUGAAUGACAAUUAGCACUAAUCUGGCACUUUAUAAAUUGUGAUGUAGCCUCGCUAGUCAAGCUGUGAAUGUAUAUUGUUUGCACUUAAUCCUUAACCGUAUUAACGUUCAGCUUACUAAACUAACUGCCUCAAGUUCAGGCAAGUUAUAAUGCCUUGUUGUGCCUCAAUAAAAAAGUUACAUGCA